CCGCCCGCUCCGGCCCGACCCUGCGCGCCAGGGAGCCCGGCGGACGCGUUGCAUAAUCCUUGAGCAUCAAUGAAAGGCCAAGUAUGGCUCUCUUCAAGCAACAGAAGGUGGAGGACGUUUACGAAAUUGAGGAAGAGCUGGGAAGUGGUCAGUUUGCUAUAGUGAAGAAGUGUCGAGAGAAGAGCACAGGGGUGGAAUAUGCUGCCAAGUUCAUCAAGAAGCGCCAGAGCCAGGCCAGCCGGCGCGGGGUGAGCCGGGAGGAGAUCGAGCGCGAGGUCACCAUUCUGCAGCAGAUCCUGCAUGCCAACAUCGUCAAGCUGCAUGACAUCUACGAGAACAAGACAGACGUGGUCCUCAUCCUGGAGCUGGUUUGUGGAGGAGAACUUUUUGACUUCCUGGCACAGAAGGAGUCUUUGAGUGAAGAGGAAGCAACCAGGUUCAUCAAGCAGAUUUUGGAUGGUGUGCAUUACCUUCACUCUAAGAAAAUUGCUCACUUUGAUCUAAAGCCUGAAAACAUCAUGCUUCUAGACAAGAAUAUCCCUAUUCCACACAUCAAACUCAUUGACUUUGGCUUGGCUCACAAAAUAGAAGAUGGAGUUGAAUUUAAAAACAUUUUUGGAACUCCAGAAUUUGUAGCUCCAGAAAUCAUAAACUAUGAACCACUUGGACUAGCUGCAGACAUGUGGAGCAUAGGAGUCAUCACCUACAUACUGCUUAGUGGUGCAUCACCUUUCCUUGGAGAAACUAAACAAGAAACACUUGCCAACAUCACAGCUGUGAAUUACGACUUUGAUGAAGAAUUUUUCAGCAAUACUAGUGACCUGGCAAAAGACUUUAUUCAGAAACUACUGGUGAAAGAUACACGGAAGCGGCUUACGAUUCAGGAAGCUCUGUCUCAUCCAUGGAUAACGCCUAUGGACAAGCAACAGGCUUUGGUUCGGAAAUCAUCUGUUGUUAACAUGGAAAACUUCAAAAGGCAAUAUGCUAGAAGGCGAUGGAAGCUUUCAUACCGUGUUGUUUCUCUGUGCAACCACUUAUCGUACUCGCUGGCGAAGAAGGUCCUGACCCAAGAUGAGAGUUCGAGAAACUGUGAAAGUGACAGUGAGGAUCUUUCACAAAGAAAAGUGCCUCUUCAGAGGAGAAGCAGCCUAUCAUAAUGGGAUGAGAAUUCCAUGGCCAGGAGGCAGGAAACUUUCAUCCUUGCUGAAGCAAGCAGCCCUGGCAGCAGACUUGGACUUGUCUGAAUCCUUGCUUCUUGCUUCUCAAACUGCACCAACAACUGGAUGAUGGUCUUAAAUGCCUACUGAGCAUUUUAGAAAAUUUGGAAUCAAGAUUCCCAGGGAAAUCCUGCAACACAAGCACCAGCUGGAGUCCUUUUAUAUGUUGAGUGUUUCAGUGAUACUUCAGUCUAUUUCUGAUGUUGAGUCCAGUCAGGGUGUGGGGUUCCUACUGAUAAUCUUUUACUGCAGAAUAAUUAACUUUCUGCACAGUGGUUAAGACUGUGUGCGUUACUAUUAUGAUCAGGGAAAUUUCUAGUGAGUCUUAAAGAUUUUUUUUUAAUUCAAUUUUUAUAUUUAUUAAUAGCAUAAAUAUUUGAUGGCAGGUAUCUGACAGGUUUUGUUCACUGUGUGCAGUAUUCUGUUAUUGCUGUAACUGAAGAGAAAAUCACAGUGACAUAACAUACCAUAACCUUGAUUUUGUGAACGUGGCAGUAAAUAGUUCUGAAAUGCAACAAGAACUGUGCUCUGGCCAUUUUGUCUGGCUGGGGAUUAGCACAACUCCCUUUGUCACUGGGAGUACAACUGACUGCGGCACUGAGGUAGGCCAAGGCAAUUUUUGGAUGAAAAAGAGAAAAAAAUUCUGUGGUGAUUUACAUGCACCCAAAUACAUUUUCACAGAGUGAUGACAGGUGCCUUACCAAACAAAAGGGCAUUUAGAAAGCUAAGGCAUGUGAAGAAAUAGUCUUUAUUAGACUUUGUUAUUAUUAUCAUCAAUAUUUUUAUUGUCAGCAAAUUGGAGACUUGUUAACACCUAUUUGUACAGGUGCUGUUUACAUGGAACCCAGACUGCAGACAUCUGUAUUUUAUUCAGGGAGUUGUAUCCAAAAUUGAGGAAUAAGCACUUUGAUAUUGAUGUAACAUCUUUGCACAGGGAAGUUGCAUCAUUUUAACUAUAUUAGUUUCUAAGCCAGUAUUGUUCAAUUGGUACCAAAAAAUGUGCAUAGGGUAUUUUUUUCAUUGAAUAUAUUUGCUAUUAGAAGUUUCUAUUUAUUUUGCCAUUUAAGGAAUUAAAAAUCAGAAAGCAAGUCUAUUAGAAACAACUAUAGAUGGAUGAGGAAACUGAUUUUGUUGGCUUUACACCUGUCACCUCUAGGCUAAGGUUUUGGAGCAGGUGUUGAAAACUAGUAUCAGUUUAAUUUUGAUGGCUUCCAGUUUCUAAGAUAGAAAUAAAAAUAUGCUGCUUUUAUUUGUAACUUUGUAUCCUUGCUUAGAGACUAAAAUGCAGUUGAUAAGAAAUUACUUCUGUGAAAGGAAGGAAAUUUAUGAGAAGCUUUGGAGGAGAGAGGCAGAAUGUAGGAUUUGAUGGAAGAAACAUAAAAUGAAGGAGGGGGUGAAAUGAAAGGGACAUGGAGGUGAUCCUGGACUGGGAAUGAUGGAGGAAAGGAAAGAGAAUGUGGAUAUAUGAAUUGUGGAGGCUGGAGAGUAAAUGUUUCUGCAAAUAUGGCACUGCAUUUUUAUACUACUUCUUUAAUUUUUUUAUUUUGUAUCUUGUGCUGCCAUAGCCUGUGAUGUGUGCUGGUCAAGGGAUAAGGUGCAGGGCAUGGGCUUCUCUACAUAUUCAGUUAAAAGGUGUAUUUCUGAACUCCCUGUGUAAUUCUUGAGACAGAAUCCUCAAAAAGUGUUGCAGUAAUGUAUGUAUUAAGAGGGAGCAGUAACAGGGAAACCUGAGGUUUCAGUAUAUCCUCAUUUCAGCUGGAAUAUAGUUAAUUUUCUCCUUAGUAGCUGGUACUGUGCUGUGUUUUAGAUUCAGUAUGAAAAUAAUGUUGUUGGUAAUAUGGUGAUGUUUUAGUUGUUGCUAAGUAGUGAUUACCGUAAGUCAGGACUUCUCAGUUUCCCAUGUUCUGCUUGUGAGGAGGUGCACAAAAAGCUGGGAGGGACCAUAGCCAGGGACAGCUGACCCAAAAUGGUCAAAGGGAUAUUCCAGCCCAUGGAAUGUCAUGCUCAGUGUGUAAACUGGGGUGAAUUGGCUGAGAGACACAGGUCACUGCUCAGGGAUGGGCUGGGUAUUGGCCCAUGAGUGGUGAACAAUUGUGUUAUGCAUCACUUGUCUUUCCUGGAUUCUAUUCUUCUCUUUUCCUUUCCAUUAUUAUUAAUUAUUAUUAUUAUUAUUAUUAUUAUAUUUUGUUUUAGUUAAAUUACAAAACUGUUCUUAUCUCAAAGUAACCCUUGAGGUUUGCUUUCCAAUUUUCCUCCCCACCAGGGCCAGGGGAAGGUGAGUGAGGGGCUGUUUGGGACCUAGUUGCCAACCGGACAAACCAUGGCAGCGUCAUGGAGUGUCUGUUUCAUAAACAGAACACUAAGAAUAUAUAUUUGGAUAAAAAAACACCCAGCUUACUUUCCAAAUUUUGCUUCCUGCUUUCCCAAGGAUGUGGAAAAGAAACAGACUCCAAGCCAGUGGUAUUUUUAUGAGUUUCUAGACUUUAAAAACAUCUUUGGUUUCCAAAUUUGAGAUUGUGGCAUGUGUAUGUAAAUGACACUUCUAAAAAUUGGGUCCUUGUUAAAAUAGGUUGUUGGAUCAGGACUGUGCUCCCAUGGAAAUGGGGUCAUUCUCAUGUGAAAUCCUGGCAACUACUAAGAAAGAUGGGACACAGUAGAAAGGCAGACAGAGGAGUGCAAGGCUGUGUGAAGCUCUGGCUUAUUGAUUCUACAUUUAUAAAGACGUAAGGUGGUAUUUUAACAGAGACAUUACAGACAUCUCACUGUUCAGUCUUCAGUCAUCUUUGUGCUCAUGUCAGCUAAGGCCAGGUUGUUCUCUCUGGCAUUCAGUCAUUCCACAUGGCUCCCAAGCAACUUCAUUGCACAGAACCCACAACAUGCAGCACUCCUGUCCAGCCAAACUAUCUCCUGCCUGUUCCAGGUAGGAGCAUGCUGUGAGUGUAGAAUCUCUUGUUCUCAGGACUAAUGUUGGUGAUGCAUGAGGAAGCUUUACAGUGUUUUCCCAGCUGUGUCCAUGGCCCUGUCUGUUCCAUGGGGUGAAGCUCAGCCCGCUCAGGGCAGCACAGUGCAAUUGUGCUGCUUCCAGUGCUGGCACAACACCUGCUCACUGCAGGGCUUGGUCUGAAUUCAUCACCCAUGGGUUUUGAACAACCACCUACAGGUUCCUUUCAGUAAGGGGCCAAAAGAAAGAGAAAGACAUGGAAGAAAAUGGAACAUUAAAAGAAUUUGUGUUACAGAAUCUUGCUGGGAGAAAAAAAAAAAUCUAUUUUCUAUGUGUUACUCUGUUUUGCAGUAGGGAACCUGGAGAGAAAUGAAGCGAUAGUCUGGGGAAAAAAAAAAAAA